AUGGCUGCAGCUUGUGUUGGUUUAUUAGUAAUGGAAUUGUACCGAGUAUUCUUCAAAGAUCCAAGGUUAUUAAAAAUAGAAGAGAUGAGGUUGAUGGAGAAGUCCCAUGAAUUACUAAGAGGUCGAGGUAGACGACAAGACAAGACAAGAUAG